UUCAACGAGAUAAUAGAAGGAACACAAUGUGAAUUUCACUGUAUUGCAAUUAAUGGCAGACCACCACUGAACUCGACUUUGUAUAUAGAUGGUCAAAACGAACCCGACACUAUGAACAAAAUUGAAACAGGGGCUAGAAACAUGUAUACAAUAACCACGUCGAUAACGAAACAUUUUACCCGGCUUCAUAAUCAGGUUAAGGUAAUGUGCUGCAGUACUAUUGGUAAUGGAAUAUGCAGAGAGAAGAGAGUUAAUGUAUUGUUUCCACCAAAAGACAUACAUGUUGAAGAAAUGUUGAAACAAAAUCAAGACAAUGGCAACACAAGAAUUGAAUUAAAGUAUACUGUAGCAGAAUCAAAUCCAAAUAGUUCUAUUGGUAUGAGUGGAGUUGAAAAUGUUGCACGAACGUUGGUUGAUAAAACAUACGAGCGAAAAAAUGGAACACAUGGAUGGGCACUUACAGUGAUUUGGACUUUCAAUUUUACAAGAUUUGAUGAUAAGCGAGAGAUAAAAUGUCAAGUAAGAACUGACGGGUUUCCAGAACUAAAUUUAGAACACAUAUACAAGCUGAAUAUUACAUAUUCACCAAUAGUUAACAUAUCGUAGCAAGAAAACAAAGAUAUAUUUGUCGGUGAUGACGUUCACUUGACAUGCCACGUGGAAAGUAAUCCACCGUCAACACUAUCUUGGUACAAACAGUCU